AUCUAUCUGCUUUCCCAGAAACAGAAAGCAAACAAGUCUUCUUCACUCAUAUCACAAUGGGGAGGGGGAAGAUAGAGAUAAAGAGGAUAGAGAACACAACGAAUCGGCAAGUGACAUUCUGCAAAAGAAGGAAUGGGCUUUUGAAGAAAGCUUAUGAGCUUUCUGUUCUCUGUGAUGCUGAAGUUUCUCUCAUCGUCUUCUCUAGUCGUGGUCGUCUUUAUGAGUACUCCAACAACAACAUAAGGUCAACUAUAGAGAGGUAUAAAAAGGCAUGUUCAGAUCAUUCAAGUACCAGCUCUACUACCGAAAUCAAUGCCCAGUAUUAUCAACAAGAAUCUGCAAAGCUACGACAGCAGAUUCAAAUGCUGCAAAGUUCUAACAGGCACUUGAUGGGUGAUGCCUUGAGCACGCUGAAUGUGAAGGAGCUGAAGCAGCUGGAGAAUAGACUUGAACGAGCACUCUCUAGAAUCAGGUCCAAAAAGCAUGAGAUGCUGCUGAUGGAAAUCGAAUACUUGCAGAAGAAGGAGAUUGAACUUGAAAAUGAAAACCUCUGUAUUCGGACUAAGAUAGCAGAAGAGGAGAGGGCACAAGAAGCACACAUGGUAUCAGAAAGGCAAGAGCUGAGUGCCAUUGAGGCAUUAGCUUCUCGCAAUUACUUCAUUAAUAAUGCUAAUAAUGAUCCAUCAUCUACCUACCUUUCUCUUUCUGACAAGAAGAAUCUUCGUUUUGAGUCAGCUUUUUGGUUGUACCAUGAAUAUUCUGUUUAA